UAGUCCGGCAAUCAUGUCAAUAAUAAGAAUGUUUUAUACCGAAGACGACCAGCCAUUCAGAAUGUGCUGUUUCUUAAGUUUCAAUGGUAUUGCUACCGUGGUUGGUGCGUUAUUGGCCUUUGGUUUGGGUCAUGCAAAUAACGCAGCUAUAUCUUCUUGGAAAUUGAUUUUUUUGGUUAUUGGUUUAUUAAAUUUUUGUUUUUCAAUAAUUUUUUUGAUUUUUUGUCCUGAUCUGCCUGCUAAAGCUAAAUUUUUAACCGAUCAAGAGAAGACCAUUUUAAUUCAAAAAAUUUCAAAGAACGGUAAAGGUAUUAAAGAUAAAAAAUUUAAACCUUAUCAAGCUUGGGAAGCAGCAAAAGAUGUAACCGUUUAUAUCCUUGCAUUAUCGGGUCUUUGCUGUGGUAUAAUUAACGGUGGUAUAUCUAAUUUCUUAAGUAGUAUCAUUAAAAGUCUUGGUUUCACUGGGAUUGAAGCUACUGCUUAUCAAUUACCAACUGGUGCAAUUGAAUUCGUAAUGGUUUUCUGUUCGGGGCUUGCUGCAAUCUUUGUGAAAAAUACUCGUUGUAUCCUUUACUUCUUACUAUGUUUACCAGGUUUUGUUGCAAUCAUCGUUUUACAUUUAGUCGAUUUAAGUAAUAAAUCGGCAGUAGUAGGUACUUUCUUUUUCUAUACAAUUGGUGGUCCAGUUAUUUUAAAUUGGGUAUCCAUUAAUAGUAUAGGUGGUGACACUAAACGUACUGUUGCCUCCGGGUCUUGGUUUGCCUUGUAUGCAACCGGGAACAUUAUUGGAUCAGUUAUAAUGGGGAUCUCUACAGCCCCUAGAUAUACAAAAGGUAUGAUUGGUUUCAUGACUUGUUAUUCGGCUAUGAUACUAAUGAAUUUCGCUUAUGCUUUGAUCUUGAUUCGUCGUAAUAAACAGAGAAAUAAAGAACAAGGUGGUUAUAAUGACGAGAUUGCCAAACAAGCUGUCUUGGAUGGAUUCAGAGGCUUGACUGAUUUCGAAAAUAGAAGUUACAGGUAUCCUCUAUAAAUCUAUAUUUAUAACAUCUAUAACUGAAAUGAAAUUAUCUUUAUAAAUU